AUGGCGUGGGCCGAGCCAGCGUUAAGUCCAAACUCUAAGUCAACCCCACAACAGAGGAACCAGAGAUUAUACAUCACAGCAAGGACUUUUACAUCAACUGUCCCUCGAGUUCAUCUUCAAGUUUUGCUCCUAUUAGUCCUCUUCUUCUCCUCCCUGCAAACAGUCCUGAGCAUUCCACCCCAGCCUGCCCGUGCCCCUCUUCUGUCUGGCCAACCUUUCAUCAUCUUCUGGGGGAUUUCUGAUUCUUCCUGCUCCAGUCGGCCGGACCUUGGGUCCUUUGGAAUGGAAAGGGAAGGCCGUGUAACAGUUUUUUAUGAGGACACGUUGGGAAAUUAUCCUUACUUUGUAGACCGAGAUACACCAGUGAACAGCGGUUUACCGCAGUACACACGUCUGCAUGACCACCUCCAGAAGACAGGGGAGGACUUGGUGGCAGCGCUACCUACCCCAAGGUACCUGGGGCUGGGUGUGCUGCGCUGGGCAGAGUGGGUCCCCCAGUGGGCAAGGAACAGAGAGACGCAAAAGGUGUACUUGGAUGCGUCCAGAGCCCUGCUGAAAGCUUUCUUUCCAAAUUGGACGCCCGAGGAGGUUGAGAAGUGGUCACAGGUCGACUUCGAGGCGGCAGCCCAGUCCAUACUGAUUGAGACUCUCCUGGAGGUGCAGAGACUACGCCCCAAAGCAUUAUGGGGUGUUUCUCCUUAUCCAAGCUGCUACGAAGCCGACCCUUCCCAAACCCCAUUAGCCAAUUACACAGGCAGGUGUCCUGCUGCAGAGAUGGCGCUCAACAAUGAACUACAGUGGCUGUGGAAACGAUGCUCUGCCCUCUACCCGCUCCUAACCUUGGAAAAGCUACAAGGCGGGACUACAGGCUCCAGGCUCUAUUUGUCCAACCAAAUCAGAGAAGCACUGAGAGUGGCUUCUCUGGCUGGGACAGUGUAUGAUCUACCUGUUUUCCCAUUGGUCAAGAGCGUCUAUGUCGCUACUAAUACUUUUCUGUCACAGGCAGACCUUGUCAACACUGUUGGAGAGAGUGCUGCCAUGGGGGCUGCAGGAGUUGUUAUCUGGGAGAAAGAUGAGACAAAAACCGAGAGAGAGUGUUCAGACCUGGCCGAGUUUGUACGUCAGGUCCUCGGGCCGUACUCCAUCAACGUUACAACGGCAUCUCGACUCUGCUCAUCCUCUCUGUGUCAGGGAAGGGGUCGAUGCAUCCGUCAGAACCCUGAAAGUGCUGCCUACCUUCACCUCCCACCCCCAUCCAACGUAGUGGAGAAGGUGACAGAGAAGGCAGAGUUGGCAAAAACUACAGUCCUACCAGAAACAGCUGUUAAACCUAAUGUGCCAGAUCCAGCUGAGAUAUGGAAGAAAGACUUUCAGUGCCAGUGGUUCGAGACUCCAGAUGGGGCCAUCUCUGACCAGCAGUCCCCAAAGGAUGGAGCUCCUGUUGGGGGACUAGGAAUAUUAGAGGCUGAGGAUCUAACUGGGCCUACUGGAUCAUCUACGACUCCUUUGCCUGGAAACUUAGAGGAAUCCAAGCAUAGCAACUGGGGAAAAAUGUCUCCCUACCAGAGGUGA